AACCACACACACAUACGCUACUCUGACAUUUUUUUUCUAAAUAUCCCCCAGCUGAAUUCAUGAGGAGCACAUGAUCAAUAUACAUAUAAAUACAGCAUUGCAGAGAUAUGUCCACACGCUCAACUCUCUUUCAAGAACCAAACAAGAAGACAGCUGAACAAGAUGAAGCUCUGCACCCUGUUGAUGCUCGGGACCCUGGCUGUUCUCGCUGAUGGUAUGCCGCCAAUCAGCAGAGACUACAACACACACUGCCGGUGCCUUCAAGUGGAGUCCAGGAUCAUCCCUCCAGACACCCUGAAGAGCAUCAAACUGGUCGCUGAGGGGCCUCACUGCCCAGACACGGAGGUCAUAGCCAGCCUGACAAACGGAGAGAAAGUCUGCCUCAACCCUCGGUCGGCCUGGGUCAAGAAGCUGGUGCAGUUUGUCCUGGAGAAACAGUUGUAUCAGCAGGGAACACUUCCCAAGAACCGAGCAUGAGGACGCACAAGGGUGUGUUGCAAUUCAAAAUCAUUUGGCAAGCUAAUAACUGUGAAUGUGAGCCAAACAAUCUUUCUGUUGAGUAAUUAAACAUUUGUCAUGUCUUACACUUUUUUUUUUAAAUGUUCUUCUGGUUCCUUUUAUUUGGAUCAUUUCACUUUCUUUUUUUAAAUUUUAAACUACAUCUAUGUCGUAUCCCUAUGUUUAUUUUAUGCACAUUUUUUUCUAAUGAAUAAUGAAAACACAUUUGUUAAGUGUUUGUUUAAGAGCUUUAAAAGCACUGGAAGUGUUUUGUACCCACAUGGUAUUUUACGGUGUUGGACCGAGGGAAGAAAGUUGUUUUGUUUGUUUUGAAGGCGAGUAUUGUUUGUAGCACAUAUGUAGCAUUGUAACACUCUGUCAUUUCUGUCCAAUACUAAUUAUGUUCAAGCUUGCUCUGCAGCAGCAAUAAAUGAAUACUUGAUUGA